UAUACCCUCCGGAGCCUCGAAUCCAAUUCGCAUCCCUGUUGUUCAUCAGCAAGUCUUUCCCCUUGCGUGAAACCCCAGUUCCCAAAACACCCCUCCAUAAUCUUUAAAUUAUUUUAAGCACCCCACUCCGGAGCCUCGAAUCCAAUUCGCAUCCCUGUUGUUCAUCAGCAAGUCUUUCCCCUUGCGUGAAACCCCAGUUCCCAAAACCCCCCUCCUUAAUCUUUAAAUUAUUUUAAGCACCCCACUCCGAUAUUGGUUUCUCUUGAUUCUUGAUUAAGAGGAUGUUUCCAUGGGGAGGAGUGGGAUGUUGUCUCAGUGCAACUGCUCUUUAUCUCUUGGGCAGAAACAGUGGAAGGGAUGCAGAUGUUCUCAAAUCAGUAACCAGAGUUAACCAAUUGAAGGAUUUAGCGGCUCUAUUAGAUACUGCCUGCAAAGUUUUACCUCUGGUUGUUACUAUAUCUGGACGAGUUGGCUCAGAGGCACCCAUAAAAUGCGAACACAGUGGCUUACGUGGUGUAAUAGUUGAGGAAACGGCAGAGCAACACUUCUUGAAGCAUAAUGAUGCGGGAUCGUGGAUACAAGACUCUGCAUUAAUGCUUUCCAUGAGUAAGGAGGUUCCUUGGUACUUGGAGGACGGGACUGGGCGUGUGUUUGUUGUGGGGGCACGGAGUGCUUCAGGAAUGGUGCUAACUGUUGCAAGUGAAGUUUUUGAGGAGUCUGGGCGAUCUUUAGUGCGUGGAACACUGGACUAUCUUCAAGGUCUAAAGAUGCUUGGAGUGAAACGGACUGAAAGGGUCCUUCCUACCGGUACUUCUUUGACUGUGGUUGGUGAGGCUGUUAAAGAUGAUAUUGGGACAUUACGGAUUCAGCGACCUCAUAAAGGGCCAUUUUACGCCUCUCCAAAGAAUAUAGAUGAACUCAUUGCCAAUCUCGGAAAAUGGGCAAGGUUGUACAAAUAUGCUUCCAUGGGAUUUACAGUAUAUGGUGUCUAUCUUCUGGCAAAGCAUGCAGUACAGUAUGUUAUGGAUAGAAAACGUCGAAGAGAUUUGCAGAAAAGAGUUCUUGCAGCUGCUGCACAACGACAAGCACAAAAUGACGAAGUGGGGUCAACUGGAAACUCUGAUAAAGUAACAGAUAAUCCAAAGAAGGAACAACGAAUGCCAGAUCUAUGCGUCAUUUGCCUUGAGGAGGACUACAAUGCUGUUUUUGUCCCGUGCGGUCAUAUGUGCUGUUGUACAUCGUGCUCAUCACACUUAACCAACUGUCCACUGUGUCGAAGAAGGAUCGAUCAAGUCGUGAGGACCUUUCGUCACUAGUCAAAAAUAAUGCCUCAUAAACUGAUGGGAUCACUUUUUUCUCAGAAAGUUUCUACAUGUAUCAAGUCCUGCUUGCGCACACCACGAAUCGCUCGUGAUACAUACUGCUCUCAGAUAGAUAACGUUAUCGUGGAUGAUACAGCAAAGGCUAAUAGUGACCUGUGUAGAUAAUGAGAGAACCAUGGAGAUAUCAAGAUGGAUCCACAAUUUAUCUUCUUUAACAGAUUUAUUACGAGUUUCCAAAGAAUUGGUAUAAAGGCUUUGUUGUAUUGUAUCGUCAUAUACUCGUUGUAGCAUGAGCGUGCAGAUUAUGUCCUUGUAUUUUCACAAUUGUUUGAAAAUACGAUUUUUUUUUUCUUUGGAUGGAUAAACAAUGGCUGGGGAAAUGGGGGACGUGAAAAUAUUCUUGAAUUGUGGGAUUUUAAAUUUCGUUAUUUUUAGGAUGGUA